UCCCGUGUGUUUAACAGCGCACAUGACACCAGAGGGCGCAGUGAAGGGAGGUUUCAUUUUGCCGUAAACCUUAGCUGUUUUAGGAUGCACGCAAGGACAAGAAAGAAGUGUGAGAGCACAGUGUGAGAGGUGAUCUUCCCAAAGUUGUCUUUUGGCUUGGACGCACUGAGUAGUUGGUUUGUGUGUGCAUAUGUGAGUGUGCAUGUGUGCUUGCAGGGGUGUAUGUUUGUAUGGGUGCCCUUGACUGCAUGCAGAUUUAGGACCCUGGCCUGAUGGAAAAGAGAGACAGGAAGCCGGGAUAUUUUGCCAGGCUGAAGAGGCGGCGACAGCUCAGGCAGAGUCAAUCAGACAAGAACGUGAAUGAGCAGAAUCCGGCAAUCAUCUCCUGUCCAGACGUCCCGAAUGACAGCGAUCCCAACAAGAAGACAGACGUGCAGAGAGUAACAACAAAAGCACCUGCAGGCUCAGAUGAUGGCUGUAAAAUUAACAAUCAGACAAAGAGGGAGAAGAGGAGGCCACCAGGGACAGUGGAGUUUAUUGUGGGACCUAACGAUUCCCUCAACAGUAUCGCUCUCAAGUUCAACAUCACCCCAAACAAACUGGUCCAGCUGAACAAGCUCUUUUCUCGCAGCAUCUACCCCGGUCAGAAGCUGUUUGUCCCUGAUGUGAGCCAGUCAGAAACUGACUUAAAGUCUCCAAGUUCCUCUGAUCCCACCUUCACAAAUGGUUUGUCUGAGAACCCAUCACAUGAUGGCAUUUCAGACUGCAGGUCAGCAAAAUCCAUCCGGCGUGAGCUCUCCCCAAACUCAGAGGACGAGAGCCCGUCAACUGUUAAAUUCAUCAAGAUGAGCUGCAAAUAUUUCACUGAUGGCAUGGGAGUGGUGGGAGGCGUCCUGAUUGUGACCCCCAACAACAUCAUGUUUGACCCCCACAAGUCGGACCCUCUGGUGAUUGAGCAUGGCUGUGAGGAGUAUGGCCUCAUUUGCCCUAUGCAGGAGGUCGUCUCUGUAGCGCUGUAUGAUGAUGUGUCACGCAUGAAGCUCAAAGACGCCCUGCCAUCAGACCUACCCCAGGAUCUAUGUCCUGUGUACAGGCCGGGUGAGUGGGAGCAGCUGCCGUCAGAGCGGGACCUAAACCCCUUCAGCCGCUAUGAAGCGCUGGAUUCAAAGCGACCAAUAGUCUUGGAUGACAUUGAAUCAACCCUCUCUGAAACUGGGAGUACAGAGGGAGAGCAGACACAGAAGUCUCCGUCAGAUGAAGGAUUCACAGACUUGGAGCCCACUGUCAAUGGGAGCACUGAGGAAGCAGAGGGAGGGUCCUCCAGAACCCCCAGCAUUAUCAGCAGGGACCAACAGAAACUCCAAGGACCAAGCUGCCCAGACCCAGGGGACUCCCAGGACAAGUCGAUGCUUGAUCAAACUAAAGGGAGGCUGGAUGAUGAAGAAGAUGAAGGUGUAGCUCAGAGCAGCUCCAUUGAGGAUGGAGAGUCUCUACAAUCCUCCUCAGAGACUGAAAAACAGGGUGAAAAAUCCACAAACCAAGAGGUAACCGAAACCAAAGAUAUCAAACCUAAAGGGACCGAAGAGCUGCUUAAUGGUGUUAAUGAUAAAAUAAUCAGCGCACCAGUGGACCAAAACAGGAAGCUGAGUCUGACUGAGGUUGCAGAGGUUCGUGGGAACUCUAGUCCUAAGAGACAAAGCCCAGACAGAUCAGCAGUGAGGGACGAACUCAGUGAGGAGGAGAGGCGGAAGAAAAACUAUGAAGCAGAGGUCAAGUCAUGGCUGAUGGAGAGGAUGCAAGCUCCAAUAGAAGACAUGCUGUUUUCAUCAGAAGAGAAGAGUAAAAACCCUCCAAUGUUCCUCUGCUUCAAAGUGGGAAAGCCAAUGAGGAAGUCCUUUGCUACUGGCAUGACCUCUAGUCCUGCCCACUCCUUUGGGGGCAGAGGAAAGCAGCCAGAAUACUGGUUCGCUGUGCCACAAGAAAGGGUGGACCAUCUCUACGCAUUUUUUGUGCAGUGGUCUCCGGAUGUGUACGGGAAGGAGGCUCGAGAGCAGGGCUUUGUUGUGGUGGAGAAAGAUGAGCUUGACAUGAUCGAUAACUUCUUCAGUGACCCUGCAUCUUGCAGCUGGGAGAUCAUUACCAUUGAUGAGGCUAAGCGCAGGCAGAGUUUUGGCAGCUGUGACGGAGACUUGUCUGUGGAUGCACUGCCCAUACUCAGUGAUACCAGUGAACUGCUGCAGGACACACAUAUUGAGAAGCUUGCCUGUCGCCUGCCAGCCCGUGUGCAGGGUUACCCCUGGAGACUGGCGUACAGCACUGUGAAACAUGGGACCAGCCUCAAGACUCUGUACAGAAACCUGGCAGAUGUGGACAGUCCUGUUCUGCUGGUCAUCAAAGACAUGGAUAACCAGAUAUUUGGGGCGUUCUCAACUCAUCCCUUCAGAGUGAGUGAACACUGCUAUGGCACAGGAGAGACGUUCCUCUACAGCUUCUGCCCUGAAAUCAAGGUGUACCGAUGGACGGGGGAGAAUUCAUAUUUUGUGAAAGGCAAUACAGAUUCUUUGCAGAUGGGAGGAGGAGGUGGUCAGCUGGGUCUGUGGCUGGACGCCGAGCUGUACCGAGGCACCACCACCAAAUGCGCGACGUUUAACAACCAGCCACUCUCAGCCCAGCAGGACUUCAGCAUCCACAGUUUGGAGGUCUGGACCUUCGAGUAGCCUGACCUGCUCUAUUCUAGCUACUUCUACAUUCACGCGCCGCUCCACGACCCCAAACACCCCCAAGUCUAUUACGCACCACUUGGAGGCAAACCUAGCUACCCCACAAUGACACUAAAUGUCCUGUGAGACAAGACAGACAAAGCAGCCUGUGGAGUUUUCAUGUUUCAUAACUGAAAACAGAGCGGAAACGUCAGUCUUCUGUAGCCUGUUCUGACAUGGGUUUGACCUGUAGGGAGGCUGGCCAGUUUAAGUCUGGUUCAUCCUUCCCUUCAAAGGUGGAAGUGUGAGAAAAUGCGGUUGCCCUCAGUUCAUUGGCUGCCUUAGACAUGCGACAAUGGCCCCAAUUUUUCCCAGCAUGCAAACUGCCUUACCACCAUAAGCUUCUGAGGAGAGAGGGGGCUGAUGAGAAAACCCAAAAAGAGCAGAUUUUAAGUGUGUAUGAAAGAAUAAGAUGUCCUAUAAUACUGUAGGUUUGUGCAGAAAUAAUGGUUGAUGCAAUUUGUAUGUUUGGGAAUGUACAGGAUUACGUAACAAAGAAGUGAAUUAGAAACUUGAAGGAAAGUGGAAAACACCAGGAAGGAUUUUUGAUCCUCCACCAUUAAAUUCAGUGCGGGAAAUGUAGUAAUUGUUUACAAUGGGAGUGUUGCGCUUCUUCUGAAGGCCGUCUUUAUUUUGAAUUUUAUAUUAACCGAAUGAGAAUGUCGCAAUGCAUUUCCUCAUUACCACAUAUAAAGUUUUCAUUCCCCGUACAAUCCAAAACAAGUGAUGAAGCCAGGAAACGUCUGCAGUGACCAAAUAAGUUCUUUUUAAUUUCAUCUUUGUUGUGAGCUCGUCUUAUUUUAUAAAAUAUUUUAGAUUUUUUAUUUUUGCAUUUUAUUUUUACAUUCUGUUUUUACAAAUAAUUUUUUUUAAAUGGCUCUACUUUUAUAAAAAUGUAGUCCUCAAUCUUUCUGUUUCUGAUUGGACCCAACAAGCACUAGAAAUAAUUAUUGCCAGUAUUGAAUUCAUUUCUCCCGCUGACUAAUCUUAUCUCUUCGAUUUUCAUUUGUGGUCAUUGUUGAGAGAGUUACAGCCAGUAGAGUUUUAACAUGAUGUCACUUUGCACUACAGGAUUAAUUAAGAAUCCAAGCUGUGUUGUGGCCCUGUGUAAUUAAGCAUUUCUUCAGUGUAAAAUUUGUUACUGAAUGUUGUUUAAUCACCACUACAGGAGGGAAGCUGCCUGUGCGACCGCAGGUCAGCCUCUGCUUUACUUUAAAAAUGGGUGGAAAAGGGAUCAUCUGUUUUUGCACUCUGAUAUGCCACUGACUUAAAAAUUCAGAUCUACUAACAUGGAAGAGAAACAUUCGUUUAUAUCCAGUGUAUAUGACACAGGCUUGUAGUGCAUGAAUAUGCAAUACUGCAAAUGUCUGACACCAUUGUUAUGAUACAUGCCAUACUAUUCACUAAUGCCAGUUUUCGCUUCAUUGUGAAAAUGAGCUCUGUUGUCUGUAGCUGUUCAGUGUUGUUACUGUGAAUGCUCCCUAAGUAUUAUUUCUUGUGAAUCCAAAACUGCUGUGUUCUGUGAUAUCACUAAGGAUCUAUUUAUUGUGUUGUUAUGGCAACCACAUUUAAACUUAAAUAAAUGUUAAAUAUCUACA